UCUGAUAACUGGGUUUGAGAACUUUCUAUAAAUAUCUGGGCGAAUAGUUGAAACAGUGUAAUACCACAAAGUUUUCCUUUCUUCAACAAGCUUCACUCAUCCAAGAUGGCUUUCAUUCAAGCUUCCUUGCUGGUAGCUUUUGUCUGCCUUGUCACCGGCCUUCCUGAAAUAAGAAGCCAACUAACCAAAUCUCCUCACUGGAAAAUUUCUUCUUCUCAGACAUCCCAAACUAUUAUGUUGGACGGUUCAUUUAAAGAGUUGGCCUUAAUAAAGAUGAAUGUUACUACAUAUAACUUGGUCAACAGCAGCUACCACCAAAUGGUAACCGACAGAGUACGACAAGGACUCUCCAAGAUCACGAUUGACCCAGAAGUACCAGAGGACAACUUGAACUUCUAUGAGUUUGAGAAACACCGCCUUCCCUUAUCUUUCAACAUGACCCAGGAAGAUGUAGUCUUUUAUGGACCCAACCCUACCCAAGGGUUUGGAAUGGUAUAUCAUGUUGAUGUCUACUCCAAGAAGCAACACCGUGCCGAUGUCUUGGGUGCUCUCAAAAAUCUUGCAUUCUAAAUCGCUUUGUAAAGGAAGAAUCAAUAAAUGAUAAUCUAAUAUGA